GGAUACCUAGGCAAUGUACCUUCAAUGCUGUAACAUAGCUGAAGACUUUAAGUGCACGGUUCUGUUCCACAAAUUCACACGGAAAAGUCGUCAUCCAGUGAGCUUUGUGACUUAUCAGCUUAUCGAGUUUGACAAUUGGGUUUGACGGCAGUCAAGCAAGGAUUCCCUGUUCCCGGGACUGGCUGUUUAGCGGGACUGCCGUCAUUUUCGCGCCCGUUCAGCCGUUUUAAUGCUACGACCUUGGAAUUUUGAACUUUUGUCACUUUCAAGUUGCAAAUAACAAGCGACACCGAACCGCAUCGCACCCAAACCGAGACGACGAUUACGCCUAAACCUGCGCCUGCGACUACGUCUGUAUGAUCUCGCACAAGAUAAGGCCAUCGUCUUCGGUUUCUCUGCUUCUAAUGAUGCCCUAUUCAUAGCAUUCGCCCGAUGAUUACUCGUUUCGCAAUCACCUCCCGUGUCUCCUUUCUCGGUAUUGCGCCGGUCAUGAUCGCAGAGCAUCAUCAUGGCAUUACCCAAAGUGAUAACCGAGUUAAAGAUGGAUAUGGAGGAAUCGCAGAACCAGCGUGACGCGCGCGUUGAGCAGCUCUGGAGAAAGCUGGAUUACCAAGGUAGAGGGAAAUUGGAUUGGAAGGACCUACAAAAAGGCCUCAGGAGAAUUGAUCAUCCCAUGAAAAAUGCCGAUGACAUGUUGAAGAAUAUUAUCAAGGUCGUAGAUAUGAAUGGGGAUGGCAAGAUUCAAUAUGAAGAGUUCCGAGUCUUUGUCGAGGCUGCUGAGCGCCAGCUCUACAUCCUCUUCCAAUCUAUCGACCACGACCAAAAUGGAAAGAUUGACAAAGAGGAGCUUCACCGUGCCGUGCAACGGGCUGGUCUCGCAGUGCCUAUGCGCCGACUAGAGGAGUUCUUUGAGAACAUUGACCACAAUAGUGAUGGGUUUAUCACCUACGAAGAAUGGCGAAAUUUCCUGCUCUUUAUGCCCAAUACCGAUCCCACCACCACGCUUCGGGCGGUCUUUACAUUUUACUCAGAUAUUCUCACCCUCAAUUCUGAGGGUGAUUCGGUAGUCAGCGAAGAAACUCUUCAAGGCCUAGGUACGAAUAUUCUCUACACCCUCCUUGGUUCAAUCUUAAGAAUCGCUUCUCCACCGCCUGAGAUACCGCCGGAUAAAGGCUAUACCCAUUCAUCGUCACCCUUGCAAGCAAACGAAGAUUUGGAAGCUACAGCACCGCAUCUAUCGUCAGAGCUCGAUGAGACGACCAAUACGAACACUGUCACGACACAGUUAGGUGUCGAUGUCGCCUCCACCCCUGCCUCUACCGCUACAUCAGUGAAGGCCCCUAGCGUACAACAAACAGUGCUUGUGACAACAACCAAAAAUAUUGAGAAUGAAUCUGACUCGAGUAAAAAAGGCGAAAGAUCCGUGCUGAUUAGAUACCUACCCGAUCCAGGCUAUUUUGUUGCCGGUGCUGUUGCGGGAGGCAUUUCUCGCACUGCGACUGCCCCCCUCGACCGGCUGAAGGUAUAUCUUCUCGUCAAGACCACCUCGACCGGCAAUGCUGUAGUCGACGCAGCCAAGAAGGCCCAACCUGUCCGAGCCAUAUCGAGUGCGGGUAGACCCCUAUUCCAAGCCGUCACCGACCUUUAUAAGUCUGGAGGAGUUAGAGGCUUCUUUGCCGGCAAUGGACUCAAUGUGAUCAAGAUCAUGCCUGAGACAGCAAUUAGAUUUGGUGCGUACGAGGCCGCCAAAAAGACUCUUGCGAGUCUCGAAGGCCAUGAUGAUCCUCACCAUAUCAACCCGUAUUCAAGAUUCGUCGCGGGGGGAGUUGCUGGUAUGACCGCGCAAUUCUGCGUGUAUCCUCUUGAUACCCUGAAGUUUCGAUUGCAAUCGGAAUAUGUUGAAGGUGGCGCCAGAGGAAAUACGCUCCUCUUCCAAACAGCCAGCAAGAUGUGGACAGAAGGCGGUCUUCGCGCGGCUUAUCGAGGUGUAACCAUGGGCUUAAUCGGCAUGUUUCCAUACUCGGCUAUUGAUAUGGGCACCUUUGAGUUGCUCAAGACGACCUAUAUUACGUACAAGGCCCGAGCGGAAAAUAUUCACGAGGAGGAUGCCCAUCCGAGUACCUUCGUGACAGGCAUUAUGGGAGCUUCGUCGGGAGCCUUUGGCGCGUCGGUCGUGUAUCCUCUGAACGUGCUUCGAACGCGAUUACAAACCCAGGGGACUAGUAUGCAUCCGGCGCGAUACACGGGCAUAUGGGACGUGGCGCACAAGACGAUUCGCAACGAGGGAGUUAGGGGACUCUACAAGGGUUUGAUGCCGAAUAUUCUCAAGGUCGCCCCUGCGCUUAGUAUCACGUGGAUGGUUUAUGAGAACACGAAACGAAUCCUGAAGCUGAAUUAGGAUAUAACUAUAUCCUAUAUUCUACUAUUCUAUACCCCUACCUACCUACUUAAUGUACUCAGAAGGCUGUUUGUUACAGGCGACUGCCGAUAGGAUACAAAAUGCUCUCUCUCCCGGGGAGAUAUUCGAUACGUUUCUAUAGGAGGCCAGGCGAGGCGAACCACAGAGGAAAUUCGAUAAUGUAAAAUCGAACCAGAUCUAGAGAAGGAUCACACAAAUCCCCAAGGGGCCAUGAUUUUUUUCUUGAGGAUACCCGUCUAACUACCGCGGGUCCGAAAUACCUAAACCAAUCAGUCAAUCAAUCAAUGGAGAGCCCUCCCUUCCCUCUCGCGAGGAUAAUGGCAGGUCAACAACGGACCGACGACUAUUUAACUACCUACUCUAGAUGGAUAAUCAAAUAAACUGAAGAAAGGAGGGAAAAUAAAUUAAAAUUUCGUUUAAAAAAAAAAA